AUGGCAUUCACAACUAAGGCAGAGAUCGCCCAAUUCGGUGGGAGACUCUUGAAAUUGUCUCAUGAGUCAGAAACAACCAAAACUUCAAUGGCUGUUAAUGUUUAUUUACCAGCCCAUGGAAUUACUAAUAUCCCAGUCUUACUUUAUCUUUCUGGAUUAACAUGUACUCCAGACAAUGCAACUGAAAAGUCAUUCUUACAAUACUUUGCUAGCAAGUAUGGUUUUGCAGUUGUGUUUCCUGACACUUCUCCUCGAGGAGAACUGAUUCCGGAUGAGAAAGAAAGUUGGGAUUUUGGUACUGGUGCUGGAUUUUAUGUUAAUGCAACUCAAGAACCUUAUAAUGAAAAUUAUCAUAUGUAUUCAUAUAUUCAUGAAGAAUUAUUAACUGCUUUGACUAAAGAAUUCCCACAAUUGGAUUUUACUAAUAUUUCAAUCACGGGACAUUCAAUGGGAGGUAUGGGUGCCCUUGUUGGAUUCUUAUCUCAACCAGGUAAAUAUAAAUCAGUAAGUGCAUUUGCUCCUAUUGUUAAUCCAUCAAUUGCUCCAUGGGGCGAGAAAUGUUUUGGUAAUUAUUUGGGUUCAAAUAAACAAGAUUGGUAUAAAUAUGACCCAACUCAUUUAAUCAAGAAUUAUAGUCACGAGAAUCAUCCACCAAUUUUAAUUCAUCAAGGUUUGAAGGAUUCAUUUUAUCCAUCUCAAUUACAACCGGAAAACUUUGUCAAUGCGGCCAAGGAAGCUGGGUAUAAAGGAGGAGUUGUGUUAAAAGUUGUUGAAGGUUAUGAUCAUCUGUAUUUCUUUAUCAGUUCAUUUGUUGAAGAACAUGCUCAACAUCAUGCAAAAUAUUUAGGGUUAACCCAAUAA